GUGCUGAAGUGGGUGGAGUCAGCGAUUCAGGCCUCCAAGGUGCACCUGCUGUCCACAGACCACGAGGAGGAGGGCGAGCACACGUGGAGACUCCCCUUUGACCCCAGCCUGAAGGAGGUCACCGUCUCGUUGAGCGGGCCAGGGCCACAGAUCGAAGUCCGGGACCCGCUGGGGAGGAUCUUGCAGAAGGAUGAAGGCCUCAACGUCCUCCUCAACAUCCCCGACUCGGCCAAGGUCGUGGCUUUUAAGCCUGAGCAUCCUGGGCUGUGGUCCAUCAAGAUCUACAGCAGCGGCCGCCACUCGGUGAGAAUCACGGGCGUCAGCAACAUCGACUUCCGAGCCGGCUUCUCCACGCAGCCCUCCCUGGACCUCAACCACACCAUCGAGUGGCCCUUGCAAGGAGUGCCCAUCUCCCUGGUGAUCAACUCCACGGGCCUGCAGGCCCCUGGCCGCCUCGACUCGGUGGAGCUCUCCCACAGCUCAGGGCAGCCCCUCCUCACGCUGCCUACACAGCCCCUUGCCAACGGAUCCACCCAUCGGCUGUGGGCGGGGCCACCCUUCCACACCCCUCCAGAGCGCUUCUACCUCAAGGUGAAGGGCAAGGACCACAAGGGAAACCCCGUCCUCCGUGUCUCUGGAGUUUCCUACAGCGGGGUGGCCCCAGGCGCCCCCCUGGUCAGCAUGCCGCCCCGGAUCCAUGGCUACCUGCAGCAGCCCCUGCUGGUCUCCUGCUCUGUGCACAGCGCCCUCCCCUUCCGGCUGCAGCUGCGGCGGGACGGAGCCAGGCUGGGCGAGGAGCGGCACUUUGUGGAGUCAGGAAACAGCAGCUGGGAGAUCCCACGGGCCUCCAAGGCCGAGGAGGGGACGUACGAGUGCACAGCCGUGAGCAGGGCUGGGACCGGCCGAGCGAAGGCCCAGAUCGUGGUCACAGACCCCCCGCCACAGCUGGUCCCUGCCCCCAACGUGACCGUGUCCCCCGGGGAGACCGCCAUCCUCUCCUGCCGCGUCCUCGGCGAGGCUCCCUACAACCUGACGUGGGUUCGCGACUGGCGAGUCCUGCCAGCCGCCACCGGCCGGGUCACCCAGCUGGCCGACCUGUCCCUGGAGGUCGGCGCUGUCAUCCCCAGCGAUAGCGGGCGGUACCAGUGCAUGGCCAGCAACGCCAAUGGGGUCUCACGGGCUUCCGUCUGGCUCCUGGUGAGAGAGGCCCCGCAGGUCAGCAUCCACACCAGGUCUCAGCACUUGCCCCAGGGCGUGGAGGUGAAGGUCAGCUGCUCAGCCUCGGGAUACCCCACCCCCCACGUCUCCUGGAGCCGCGAGGGCCGCGCCCUGCAAGAGGACAGCAGAAUCCAGGUGGACGCCCAGGGUACGCUGAUCAUUCGGGGCCUAGCCCCUGAGGAUGCUGGGAAUUAUAGUUGCCAGGCCACGAACGAGGCUGGGACGGACGAGGAGACGGUCACCCUCUACUACACAGACCCCCCGUCUGUGUCUGCUGUCAGCGCCGUGGUGCUUGUAGCCGUUGGGGAGGAGGCCGUGUUGGGGUGCAAGGCAUCGGGGGUCCCCCCACCCCGGGUCAUCUGGUAUCGAGGCGGCCUUGAGAUGAUUCUGGCUCCUGAGGGCUCCACGUCGGGGACGCUGCGGAUCCCAGCGGCUCGCGAGAGGGAUGCUGGGGUCUACACCUGUCGAGCCAUCAACGAGCUGGGUGACGCCACCGCGGAAAUCCAGCUGGAGGUCGGACAUGCACCUCGGCUGACAGAGCUGCCCCGGAACGUCACUGUGGAGCUGGGCACCAGCGCUUUCCUGGCCUGCCGGGCCACCGGCCGCCCACCCCCGAAGGUCACCUGGCGCCGGGCAGACGGCCAGCCGCUGGGGCCCCGGCAGGGCAGCAGGACCCGGCAGCCCUCGGGCGUGCUGUUCCUGGAAAGUGUAGGCCCUGAAGACCAGGCCCUGUACAUCUGUGAAGCUCGAAAUGUCUUCGGGAAGGUCCAGGCCGAAGCCCAGCUCACUGUCACAGGACACGUAGCCCCGGAGAUUGCCAGCAGUGCUUCCACGGUCCGCGUCCUGGAGGGGCAGCCCGUGUCCCUGUCUUGUAUCAUCCUGGCGGGGAGACCCCUCCCAGAGAGGCACUGGCUCAAGGACGGCCGGCCUCUCCCACCUGGCCGCCGGCCCUCUGUCCGGGCGGAUGGCAGCCUCCACCUGGACCGUGUGCUGCAGGAGGACGCGGGCAGCUACAGCUGCGUGGUCACCAACACAGCUGGCUCUCGGCACCGGGAUGUGAUGCUGGUGGUCCAGGUGCCGCCCAGGAUCCACCCCACGGCCACGCACCAUGUCACCAACGAAGGGGUGCCGGCCUCCCUCCCCUGCCUGGCCUCUGGAGUCCCCACCCCCACCAUCACCUGGACCAAGGAAACCAAGGCUCUGACCUCGAGGGGCACCCACUACAACGUGAGCAAGGACGGCACCCUGGUCAUCGCCCAGCCGUCAGCCCGGGAUGCCGGGGCCUACGUCUGCACAGCCACUAACGCUGUGGGCUUCUCCAGCCAGGAGAUGCGGCUGUCUGUCAACACCAAGCCCAGGGUCCAUGGGAACGGGUCCCUCGACACCGACGCGCCUCUGAGGGUCGUGGUGAAGGCUGGAGAAGAGGUGACCCUGGACUGCGAGGCCCGGGGCUCCCCGCCCCCGCUGGUCACCUGGACAAAGGACUCCCACCCCGUGCUGCCCGGCGCUGACAGGCAUGGCCUCCUCCCCUCGGGCUCCCUGCGUCUGGCCCAGGCCCAGGCAGGUGACAGUGGCCACUACGAGUGCACGGCAAGUAACCCGGCAGGGUCUGCCUCCCGGCGCUACAUCCUCAGGGUGCAAGUGCCCCCUCAGGUGCAGCCGGGCCCUCGGGUCCUGAAGGUGCUGGCAGGAGAAGCCCUGGACCUGAACUGUGUGGCCGAGGGCCAGCCGGAGCCCCAGCUGAGCUGGUCCAAGGACGGAGCGGCCCUGCGGGGCAGGGGGCCCGAGGGCUCUAUCCAGUUCACUGCUGUGGAGACCUCAGACGCCGGGCGGUACCGCUGUGAGGCCUCCAACAGCGCUGGGGUGGACGCGUGGGAGCUGGAGCUCAGGGUGCUGGAGCCGCCAUACUGGGGGGCAGAGGAGACGCGUGACCUGCUGGAGCGAGUGGCGGGGGAGAACGCCAGCCUGCCGUGCCCGGCCAGAGGGACGCCCCAGCCGCAGGUCACAUGGCGCAAGGGGCCAUCCUCGGAGCCCCUGGGCAGCCAGCCGGGCGUGGAGGUGCUGGCUGAGGGCUCUCUGUUCCUGGCCUUGGUCUCGCCCAGCGACAGUGGUGACUACGAGUGCCAGGCUACCAACGAGGCGGGCUCUGCGUCCAGGAGAGCCAAGCUGGUGGUCUAUGUGCCCCCCAGUAUCCGUGAGGAUGGGCGCAAGGCCAACGUGUCGGGCAUGGCCGGGCAGUCCCUGACACUAGAAUGCGACGCAAACGGCUCUCCAGCCCCCGAGAUCGUGUGGCUCAAGGAUGGGCAGUUGAUCCCGGAGGAGGGCAGCCACCGCCUCCACUUCCCCAGGAUCCGAGAGGCUGACUCCGGCCUCUACUCCUGCAGAGCAGAGAACCAGGCUGGGACCGCCCAGAGGGACUUCCAUCUGCACGUACUCGUCCCUCCUUCUGUGCUUGGAGCUGGGGCCGCCCAGGAGGUGCUGGGCCUGGCCGGUGCAGAUGUGGAGCUGGAGUGUCGAACCUCAGGGGUCCCCACGCCCCAGGUGGAGUGGACCAAGGACGGGCAGCCUGUCCCCCCCGGAGACCCUCGUGUCCAGCUUCAGCAUGACGGCCAGGUCCUCAGGAUCACCAGCAGCCACCUGGGUGACGAGGGACACUAUCAGUGCGUGGCCUUCAGCCCCGCCGGCCAGCAGAGCAAGGACUUCCGGCUCAGAGUCCAGUAUGGGGAGACUGAGGUCCAGAGAGGGGACGGGACCCACCCGGGGUCAUACACACCCCCCACCAUCCGGGGCUCCAACGAGACCGGCCAGGUGGCUGUCAUGGAGGGCCACCCGGCGCAGCUGCUGUGCGAGGCCCGGGGAGCGCCUGCCCCUGACAUCGCCUGGUUCAGGGACGGGGCCCUGCUCCCACCCAGCGCUGAGGCGCUCUACGCCAGGGGCGGGCGGCAGCUGCAGCUGAGGAGCGCCCAGGCCGCAGAUGCGGGGCUGUACACCUGCCAGGCCAGCAACGCGGGCGGCGUCACCGAGAAGGCCACCCGGCUGCAGGUGUAUGUGCCCCCAACCAUCGAAGGUGCUGCCGGAGGGCCAUACGUGGUGAAGGCUGUGGCCGGGAGGCCCCUGGCGCUGGAGUGUGUGGCUGGAGGCCACCCACCCCCGAGCCUCUCCUGGCACCACGAGGGGCUGCCCGUGGCCGAGAGCAACGGGACGUGGCUGGAGCCGGGUGGCGUGGCGCUGCGGCUGGAGAGCCCGGGGGAGGCGUCUGGAGGCCUGUACAGCUGCGUGGCCAGCAGCCCCGCGGGCGAGGCCGUGCUGCAGUACUCUGUGGAGGUGCAGGUGCCCCCUCAGCUCCUGGUGGCCGAAGGCUUGGGCCAGGUGACCACCGUCGUGGGACAGCCCCUAGACCUUCCCUGCCAGGCCUCGGGCUCCCCGAUGCCCACCGUCCAGUGGCUGCAGAACGGCCGCCCCGCCCAGGAGCUGCCUGGGGUGCAGGUGGCCUCGCUGGGGAGCACGCUGCGCAUCGACCACGUGGAGCUGGGCCACGCCGGCCUCUUCGCCUGCCAGGCCACCAACGAGGCGGGCACUGCCGGAGCCGAGGUGGAGGUGUCUGUGCAUGAGCUCCCAUCAGUCGACGUCAUCGGAGGUGAGAACAUCACAGCCCCCUUCCUGCAGCCUGUGAGCCUCCAGUGCGUGGGGGCUGGCGUGCCUGCCCCAAGCCUCCGCUGGUGGAAGGAUGGGGCGGCCCUGGCGACCUCAGGAGGGAGCCUGCAGAUUGAGAAAGUGGACUUGAGGGACGAAGGCGUCUACACCUGUGUUGCCACCAACCUGGCUGGGGAGAGCAAGAGGGAUGUGGUGCUGAAGGUGUUGGUGCCCCCCAACAUUGAGCCAGGCCCAGUUAACAAGGCAGUGCUGGAGAAUGCCUCAGUGACCUUGGAGUGUCUGGCUUCGGGCGUGCCCCCGCCUGACGUCUCCUGGUUCAAGGGCCGCCAGCCUAUCUCUGCCUGGCCGGGAGUGACGGUGUCAGCUGAUGGGCGAGUUCUCCGCAUUGAGCAAACCCGGCUUUCUGAUGCUGGGAGCUACCGCUGUGUGGCAUCCAAUGUGGCAGGCAGCACAGAGCUGCAGUUUGGUCUGCGCGUCAAUGUGCCUCCACGAAUCACCCUGCCGCCCAGCCUGCCAGGCCCCGUGCUGCUCAACACCCCCGUGCGGCUGACCUGCGACGCCACCGGUGCCCCCAGCCCCACACUGAUGUGGUUGAAGGAUGGAAACCCUGUGUCCGCUGCAGGGACCCCUGGCCUCCAGGUCUUCCCAGGGGGCCGAGUCCUCACCUUGGCCAGCGCCCGGGCCUCCGACUCUGGCAGCUACUCCUGUGUGGCUGUGAGCGCCGUGGGCGAGGACCGCCGAGAUGUCACGCUGCAAGUCCACGUGCCCCCGAGCAUCCUGGGAGAAGAGCUGAACGUGUCGGUCGUGGCUGGCGAGUCAGUAGCCCUGGCGUGCCGGAGCCGCGCCGUGCCCCCACCCGUGCUGAGCUGGUGGAAAGACGGGCAGCCCCUGGCGCUGCGACCUGGCAUCCGCCUCCUGGAGGACCAGGCCUUGCUGGAGGUGGACGCAGCGCAGGUGGGGGACGCAGGCCGCUACACCUGUGAGGCUCUGAACCAGGCAGGCCGCUCGGAGAAGCACUUCAACCUGAACGUCUGGGUGGCUCCUGUGUUCCCCUCCCGCGAGCCGCUGACCCUGACUGUGAGCGAGGGGCACCCUGCCAGGCUGUCCUGCGAGUGUCGGGGCGUCCCCUUCCCCAAGAUCUCCUGGAGGAAGGACGGUCAGCUGCUGCCUGGGGAGGGGCCCGGCCUCGAGCAGGUGUCCGCCGUGGGGAGGCUGCUGUACCUGGGGCAGGUCCAGCAAGACCAGGAGGGGACCUACACCUGUGAGUGUAGCAACGUGGCCGGGAAUAGCAGCCGGGACCUGCAGGUGGAGGUGCACGUUCCCCCUCGGAUCGCUGCCCCCCAGGAGCUGCACGCGCAGGUCUCCGUGGUCCAGGACGGGGAGGCCACGCUGGAAUGCAACGCCACCGGGAAACCCCCGCCCACGGUCACGUGGGAGCGGGCCGGCCAGCCCGUGGGGGCUGAGCCUGGCCUGCAGCUUCGGAACCAGGGUCAGAGCCUGCACGUGGCGCGGGCACAGGUCGCCCAUGCCGGACACUACACCUGCGUGGCUGAGAACACGGCCGGGAGGGCCGAGAGGAGGUUCACGCUCUCUGUGCUGGUGCCCCCCGAGCUCGUGGGAGACGCGGACCCUCUGACCAACGUCACCACAGCCUUGCACAGUCCCUUGACGCUGCUCUGUGAGGCCGCGGGGGUCCCGCCCCCUGUGGUCCGCUGGUUCCGAGAGGAGGAGCCCCUCAGCCCUGGGGGGGACACCUACCUGCUGGCAGGUGGCUGGAUGCUGAGGGUGGCUCAGGCCCAGGAGCAAGACGGAGGCCUCUACUCGUGCCUGGCCAGCAACGAAGUGGGGGAGGCACGGAGGAACUUCAGCGUGGAGGUGCUGGUGCCUCCCAGUAUUGAGAACGAGGGCCAGGAGGAAGUGAUCAGGGUCCCCGAGGGACAGCCUGCCCACCUGGUGUGCAAUGCCACAGGCUUCCCCCAGCCCACAAUCACGUGGUUCAAAGACGGCCGGCCCCUGGCUAGUGGAGACGCCCAGCACAUCUCCCCAGAUGGAGCCCUCCUACAGGUGCCCCAGGCCAACCUGUCCAGUGCCGGCCACUACUCCUGUGUCGCAGCCAAUGCUGUGGGGGAGAAGACCAGGCACAUCCAGCUUAGCGUCCUGGUGGUUCCCACCAUCCUGGGAGUGACCGAGGACGGCGCAGACGAGGAGGUGACCGUGACCGUCAACAACCCCAUCUCUCUGAUCUGCGAGGCGCUGGCCUUCCCUGCCCCCAACAUCACCUGGAUGAAGGACGGGGCCCCUUUCGAGGCCUCCAAGAACAUCCAGCUGCUCCCAGGGACCCAGGGCCUGCAGAUCCUGAAUGCCCAGAAGGAGCACGCCGGCCAGUACACCUGCGUGGUCACCAAUGAGCUCGGGGAGGCCGUGAAGAACUACCACGUGGAGGUCCUCAUCCCCCCUUCCAUCUCCAAAGACGACCCCUUGGGGGACGUGGGCGUGAAGGAAGUGAAGACCAAGGUCAACAGCACCUUGACCCUGGAGUGCGAGUGCUGGGCCAUGCCCCCACCCACCAUCAGCUGGUACAAGGAUGGGCAGCCUGUGACCCCCAACCAGAGGCUCCACCUCCUGGGGGAAGGGAGGCUGCUGCAGAUCCAGCCCACGCAGGUGUCCGACUCAGGGCGGUACCUGUGUGUGGCCACCAACGUGGCCGGCGAGGACGACCAGGACUUCAACGUGCUCAUCCAGGUGCCCCCCAUGUUCCAGAAGGUGGGCGACGAUGAAGCCCUGUCCCGGGAGCUGGAGGAGCUGGAGGCCCGGGGCGGGGUGACGGAGUAUCGGGAGAUUGUGGAGAACAACCCAGCCUACUUGUACUGUGACACCAACGCCGUCCCGCCCCCGGAGCUCACCUGGUACAAGGAGGACCAGCGCCUCUCGGCCACGGAGGGGGUGUCCUUGCUGCAAGGAGGCCGGGUGCUGCAGAUCCCCCUGGUACAGGCAGAGGAUGCUGGGAGGUACUCGUGCAAGGCCACCAACGAGGUGGGCGAGGCCUGGCUGCAUUAUGAGCUGCUGGUGUUGACCCCACCUGUGAUCCUGGGCGACACGGAGGAGCUGGUGGAGGAGGUGACCAUCAAUGCCAGCAGCACCGUCAGCCUGCGAUGCCCAGCCCUGGGCAACCCCGUGCCCACCAUCUCGUGGCUCCAGAACGGGCUGCCUUUCUCCCCGAGUCCACGGCUGCAGGUCCUGGAGGACGGGCAAGUCUUGCAGGUCUCCACGGCCGAGGUGGCUGACGCUGCCAGCUACAUGUGUGUGGCUGAGAACCAGGCCGGCUCCGCCGAGAAGCUGUUUACCCUCAGGGUCCAAGUCCCACCGCGAAUCACAGGCCAGCACUCGGGGCAGGUCACUGCCACCCUCAACAGCAGCGUCUCCCUGCCCUGUGAGGCCCACGCUCACCCCAGCCCCGAGGUCACAUGGUACAAGGACGGCCAGGCCCUCUCCCUGGGUGAGGAGCUGUUCCUCCUGCCCGGCACCCACACUCUGCAGCUGGCGCGGGCACAGCGCUCAGACUCCGGGACCUACGUGUGUGAAGCCCUCAAUGCUGCCGGCCGGGACCAGAGGCGGGUGCAGCUUAGCGUGCUGGUCCCCCCCACCCUCCGGCAGCCUCCCAGAGGUUCCCAGGAGACAGUCCCGGUGCGGGCCGGGGACAAGGCCGUCCUGAGCUGUGAGACAGACGCGCUCCCUGAGCCAACUGUGACCUGGUACAGAGACGGACAGCCCCUGGUGCUGGCACAGCGGACACAGGCUCUGCAGGGUGGGCAGAGGCUGGAGAUCCUGGACUCCCAGGUGUCAGACAAGGGUGUGUACAGCUGCAGAGUCCGCAACGCCGCCGGGGAGGCCGCGAAGACCUUCAGCCUCACUGUCCAGGUGCCCCCAGCGUUUGAGAGUCCUGAGACGGAGAUGGUGAGCCAGGUGGCCGGGAGCCCACUGGUCCUGGCCUGUGACGUGUCCGGGGUCCCUGCACCUACCGUUACAUGGCUGAAAGACAGAACACCCGUGGAGAGCAGCACGGCCCACGGCGUCAUCUCUCGGGGCGGCCGCCUGCACCUGAGUCGCCUGCAGCCGGCCCAGGCGGGCACCUACACGUGUGUGGCCCAGAACGCCCAGGGCGAGGCCCGCAAGGACUUCGUGGUGGCCGUGCUGGAGGCCCCCCGGAUCCGGAGCUCAGGCGCCACACAGGAGCACAACGUCCUGCAGGGCCAGGAGGUGCGGCUGGACUGCGAGGCCGAGGGGCAGCCGCCGCCCGCUGUGGCCUGGCUGAAGGACGGCGGCCCGCUGGACCGAGGCGUGGGUCCCCACCUCCGGUUCUACCUGGACGGCAGCUCCCUGGUGCUGAAGGGCCUGCGCGCCUCAGAUGCCGGCGCCUACACCUGCGUGGCCCACAAUGCGGCCGGUGAAGACGCCAGGCUGCACACCGUCAACGUGCUGGUUCCUCCCACCAUCGAGCAGGCAGCGGACGGCAGGGAGAGCCUGGUGAGCAGGCUUGGGGAGCUGGUGACCAUGGCCUGUCCCGUGCGGGGCUCCGCCCCCAUCCACGUGAGCUGGCUCAAGGACGGCCUGCCCCUUCCGCUGUCCCAGCGCACCCGCCUGCACAGCUCUGGCCGCAGCCUCAGGAUCUCCCAGGUGCAGCUGGCAGAUUCUGGCGUCUUCACCUGUGUGGCCUCGAGCCCUGCUGGUGUGGCCGACAGGAACUUCACCUUGCAGGUGCAAGUGCCCCCCUUCCUGGAGCCUGCAGAGUUCCAGGAGGACAUGGUGGUGGUCCGCGGCUCUACGGUGGUCCUCCCGUGCGAGGCCCGGGGCAGCCCCCUGCCACUUGUGUCGUGGGUGAAGGACGGGGAGCCCUGGUUGGCUCAGAGCCUGGAGCAGGGGCCGGGGCUGCAGCUGGAGGCCGUGGGAACUGAAGACUCGGGGACCUACUCCUGCGUGGCCGUGAGCGAAGCGGGCGAAGCCAGGCGGUAUUUCCAGCUGACCGUGAUGGAUCCCCCCCACAUCGAGGACUCGGGCCAGCCUGCAGAGCUACUGCUGACCCCCGGCACCCCCAUGGAGCUCCUGUGUGAUGCCCGGGGCUCCCCCCCACCCGACAUCACCUGGCAUAAGGACGGGCAGGCCCUAACCGGGCUGGAGAUCGGCGGCCGAGCUCCACGGGCGCUCCAGGUGCAGGCUGUGCAGGUACGUGACGCUGGGCUGUACACCUGCCUGGCCGAGAACCCAGCAGGUGAAGUUGAGAGGAGCUUCCGGGUCAGGGUUCAAGGUCCCCCAAAUGUUGUUGGGCCCCAGGGCCUCCGCUCUGUGGUCGGCCUGGCCCCAGGGCAGCUGGUCCUAGAGUGCUCGGUGGAGGCAGAGCCAGCGCCCGAGAUCCAGUGGCACCGAGACGGCAUCUUGCUGCAGGCGGACGCCCACACCCAGCUCCCCGAGCAGGGCAGGUUCCUCCAGCUGCAGGCCCUGAGCACCGCCGACAGCGGCAACUACAACUGCACAGCCCGCAACGCGGCGGGCAGCACCAGUGUGGCCUUCCGUGUGGACAUCCACAUGGCGCCCACCAUCCAGCAGGGACCACCCAGCGUGAACACCUCGGUGAACCAGACGGUCCUGCUGCCCUGCCGGGUGGACGGUGCACCCUUGCCCCUCGUGACCUGGAGGAAGGACGGGGCCCCUCUGGAUCCUGGGAACCCCAGAUUGGAGCUGCUGCCCGGGGGUUCCCUGCGGAUCCAGCCAGCCCUCGCCCAGGACGCCGGCCACUACGUGUGCGUGGCAUCCAACUCCGCCGGCUCUGACCGGCAGAGCCGCCAUCUCCGCGUCUUUGAGCCGCCAGCCAUCAGCCCCAGCCCCUCCAACGUGACCCUGACAGCCCACGUCCCGGCCUCGCUGCCCUGCGAGGCUAGCGGCUCCCCCAAGCCCCUGGUGGCCUGGUGGAAGGACGGACAGAAGCUGGACUUCCGCCCACAGCCAGGCGCCUACCGGCUCCUGCCAUCCAAUGCCCUGCUCCUCAUGGCCCCCGGGCCCCAGGACUCAGCCCAGUUUGAGUGUGUGGUGAGCAACGAGGUGGGCGAGGCCCGCAGGCUCUACCAGGUGACCGUCCUCGUACCUCCCACCAUUGCGGACGACCAGACGGACUUCACCGUGACCAGGAUGGCGCCUGUGGUCCUCACGUGCCACAGCACAGGUGUGCCGGCCCCAGAAGUUUCCUGGAGCAAGGCGGGCGCCCAGCUCGGGGCGCGGGGGAGCGGCUACCGCGUCUUGCCUUCAGGUGCCCUGGACAUUGGACAGGCCCUCCCCAUCCACUCCGGCCGCUACACCUGCACAGCCCGCAACUCUGCCGGCAUAGCCCGCAAGCACGUGGUCCUCACUGUGCAAGCCUCCCCCGUAGUGAAGCCACUGCCCAGCGUGGUUCGGGCAGUCGAGGAAGAGGAAGUGCGGCUGUCCUGUGAGGCCCUGGGCAUCCCCCGGCCCACGGUCACCUGGCAGAAGGAGGGGUUCAGCGUGCCCGCAGCGUCCAGGACCCAGGUCCUCCCCAGCGGCCAGCUGCGGAUUCUCCGUGCCAGCCCGGAGGACACCGGCAACUACUUUUGCAUCGCGCAGAACAGCGUGGGGAGCGCCAUGGGGAAGACGCGGCUGGUGGUACAAGUCCCGCCUGUGAUCGAGCCCACCCUCCCCGACCUGUCCACCGCCGAAGGCUCCCACGCCCUGUUGCCCUGCACAGCCAGGGGCAGUCCCCAGCCUGACAUCACCUGGGAAAAGGACGGCCAGCCUCUGUCUGGGAGCCAGGGGAAGUUCACCCUCCAACCUUCUGGGGAGCUGCUGGUCAAGAACUUGGAGGCCCAGGACGCUGGCACCUACACAUGUACCGCAGAGAACGCCGUGGGCCUGGCUCGCCGCCGCGUGCACCUCACCAUCCUGGCACUGCCCACACUCACCACCCUGCCCGGGGACCGCAGCCUGCGCCUCGGGGACCGGCUGUGGCUCCGCUGUGCGGCCCGGGGCAGCCCGACCCCCCGCAUCGGCUGGACCCACAACGACCGGCCGGUCACAGAGGGCGUGUCCGAGCAGGACGGGGGCAGCACACUGCAGCGGGAAGCGGUCACUAGAGAGGACAGCGGGACCUACGUCUGCUGGGCUGAGAACAGCGUGGGCCGCGUGCAGACCGCCAGCUUUGUCCACGUGAAGGAGGCUCCCACCCUGCAUGGGGAGGCCUUCUCCUACCUGGUGGAACCUGUGGGAGGCAGCAUCCGGCUGGACUGUGUGGUCCAUGGGGACCCAGCGCCCAACAUCCACUGGACCAAAGAUGGCCUCCCGCUGCGGGGCAGCCGCCUCCGGCGCCGGCUGCAGAAUGGCUCGCUGACCAUCCACAGGACCGAGAUGGACGACGCGGGGCAGUACCAGUGCGUGGCGGAGAACGAGGUGGGCACCGUGAAGAAAGUGGUGAUCGUCCUGCUUCAGAGUGCCCCGGUGUUGGAGGUGCAGCCCCAGGACAUGACAGUGCGAUCAGGGGAUGACGUGGCACUGCAGUGCCAGGCCACCGGGGAGCCGGCACCUACCAUCGAGUGGCUGCGGGCGGGCCGAACCCUGCGGGCCAGCCGGCGACUGCGGACCCUGCCGGAUGGGAGCCUGUGGCUGAAACGCGUGGAGGCGGGGGACGCGGGGGUCUACGAGUGCAUUGCCCACAACCUGCUGGGCUCCGCCAAGGCCCGGGCACUCCUGGUCGUGAGAGGGGAGCCCCGGGGCAGCCGGGGCAGCAUGAUCGGGGUGAUCAAUGGCCAGGAAUUUGGAGUGGCCACUCUCAACACCAGCGUGCACCAGGAGGCGGGUUCCGGGGUCACCACCAUCCAGAGCAGCAUCAGCCACAUCCCGACUGAAGUGGGGCCCCUGAUGCGGGUGCUCGUGGUCACCAUUGCCCCCAUCUACUGGGCCCUGAGCGGAGAGGGCGGGGAAGCCCUCAAUGGCCAGUCCCUGACGGGCGGCAGCUUCCGGCAGGAGUCACACGUGGAGUUCGACACAGGAGAGCGGCUGACAAUGACCCAAGUGGCCCGGGGCCUGGACCCUGCCGGCCUCCUACUCCUGGACGUGGUCGUCAACGGUGUUGUCCCUGCGGACCUGGCCGAUGCGGAGCUACACAUGCAGGACUUCGAGGAGCGCUACGUGCAGACGGGGCCCGGCCGGCUGUCUGUGGGCUCCACGCAGCGCUUCCUGCACGGCGGCCUGCCGGCCUGGCUGCACUGCAACCACAGCAUCCGGUACGACGCGGCCCGGGGCGCCCAGCCCCAGCUGGUGCAGCACCUGCGGGCCUCAGCCGUCAGCACGGCCUUCGACCCCAAGGCCCAGGCCCUGCGCUUCCAGCUCACCGCGGCCCUGCGAGCUGAGGACAAGGAUGCCGGCUGCCCUGAGGGCUUUGAGCUGGACCCCCAAGGAGCGUUCUGUGUGGAUGUGGACGAGUGCCUGGAGCAGCUGGACGAGUGUCACUACAACCAGAUCUGUGAGAACACCCUGGGCGGCCACCACUGCAGCUGCCCCAGGGGCUACCGGUCCCAGGGCCCCGCCCUGCCCUGCCUAGAUAUCAACGAGUGCCUGCAGCGGCCCGGGCCCUGCGCCUACCAGUGCUACAACCUCCAGGGCGGCUUCCGCUGCCUGUGUCCCCCAGGCCAGGCCCUCCUCCGCGACGGCAAGACCUGCGCCCCCCUGGAGCAGAGCGGACCCAAUGUGACCACCGUUAGCCACCGGGGCCCCUUUGCGUCCUGGCCGCGGCCCCGGGCCCCCGUCCCCAGUGGCUCCUAUCAUGCCUGGGUUUCCCUCCGGCGGGGGCCUGGGUCCCUGAGCAGUGUGGGCCGGGCCUGGUGUCCCCCUGGCUUCAUCAGGCAGAGCGGCGUGUGCACAGACCUGGACGAGUGCCGGGUGCGGAGCCUGUGCCAGCACGCCUGCCGCAACACUGAGGGCAGCUACCAGUGCCUAUGCCCCGCCGGCUACCGCCUCCUCCCCAGCGGGAAGAACUGCCAGGACAUCAACGAGUGCGAGCAGGAGGGCAUCGAGUGUGGGCCUGGCCAGCUGUGCUUCAACACCCGCGGCAGCUACCAGUGUGUGGACACACCCUGUCCCCCCGCCUACCGCCAGGGCUCCAGCCCCGGGACUUGCUUCCGGCGCUGCUCGCGGGACUGCAGCGCGGGCGGCGCCUCCACACUGCAGUACCGGCUGCUGCCGCUGCCCCUGGGCGUGCGCGCCCACCACGACGUGGCGCGCCUCGCCGCCUUCUCCGAGGCCGGCGUCCCCGCCAACCGCACGGAGCUCAGCGUGCUCGAGCCUGACCCGCACAGCCCCUUCGCGCUGCGCUCGCUCCGCGCCGGCCACGGCGCCGUCUACACCCGCCGCGCGCUCACCCACGCCGGCCUUUACCGGCUCACCGUGCGCGCCACGGCACCGCGCCACCAAAGCGUCUUCAUCCUGCUCAUUGCCGUGUCGCCCUACCCCUACUGAGCCUGCAGCUCUGGGGCCAGUGACCCCCGCGGCCGGGGUGGGGGGUGGGGUGGGCGGAGGGAGCCCUGCCCAUGCCACCUGCCGUGUCGGACAGGCCGUCCUCUCCUCCCGCCCGGUGCGUCAGCGACACCUUCCGCAAACACGACCCUGCGCGCGGCCUUGAGCCCAGGACAGCGAGGCCGCCCCAAGCCCCAGGAGGCGGGACAAGGACACCGGGCACCGGGAGGUUGGGGUGGGGGUGGCGGAAGCGGUCACCCGGUCACACCUGGGCUGUGUGAGAGAGAGAGAGAAUAUGGAAGCAGUUGUUUUUAACCA